CAAGAAGUAGUUAGCGCAGACUGUAUGUAGGACGGGAGUUGACUUGUCGACUUGAAGACUCCUUUUCUCCUAAGUUCGUUAUUCGUAAAUACUUAUAUCUUCUUGAAUGCUAGAAAAGGAUGGAUGCACAUUCCGCCGGGAUCAUGCGCGGAUACGGCCGUGGGGGUAGACCUCCGGAUCGAGGCUCAUUCCCACUAGAUCACUGGAAUGAUUGCACUCCGAUCAUGAGCGAGUAUAUGGCAUGCCUGGGGCGCAAUCGCCAUGACAACAACUCGUGCCGAUACAUAACAAGACAGUAUCUGCAGUGUCGAAUGGAUCACAACCUAAUGCACAAGGAGGAGUACCAAGAAAUACAUUAGAUGUUAUUCACGAGGACGAUCUGUCACUCUAGUGUAUCCAACAUGUUACUCGUAUACAUCGAUGCGAAUCAUAUACUAUCGUGUGUUCGCAAUGCCUUCUUCUCGCUUACGGGCGUGCUGUCUAUCGUGUCGGUAGAGCCAGGGACUAGCGAGCUGAAUCCAAAUCUUCCAGGUUAGCGAAACUCGGAUUUCGCGAGUCGGACGUGGAAGUAGAGUGCCCUCCGCGGCAGCAUGAGACCGCAAUGCAACGAAAGCAAAGGCAGGGGUUUCUAGCAGGACACACGGCCCUAGUGCUCGAGGAGAGGUCGCUCUGGCGGUGGGAGCGCAUAUUCUCGAUGGGGAAGUGGGAAGACUGGCGGUCCCUAUGGUAUGCCGCGAGAGGGACAGUUCGUCGUGCCACAGGGGGGGAAUAG